CGGACCAUUUUUACUUCGUCAUCAAGACAAAAUCUCUCACUAGAUAUGCAAUAAAACUCUCGAACGAAACAAAAAAAAAAUUUCAAUUUUUUUUCGAAUUGGUGUGAAUGGGUAGAUGGAGAGCAGUCACUGCUCGUCUUCUUCUCCGUCCUAAUCAAACACUCAAUUCUCCAAAGCCUUCUUCUCCACCACCACUCAUUCGUAAACACCCAGUAACAACUAGUUUCCCUCAUCGCUUGAUUAAUCUCCGACGCUUCUCAGCUUUCCCUUCUCCCAUCUCAAUCUACAACAACGACUCUGAUUCUGGUGGGUCGAGCGAUGUUUAUCAAAGCUACGAUUUUGGAACAAAGGAAGAGGAAGAUAAAGGGAAAAUCCCUGUCAAAGCCUAUUUUCUCAGUACUAGUAUUGAUUUGAAGGGUAUGCAAGCUGAUAACUUGUGCAAUGUUGUUCCUCCUACUUCGCGGUCUACUAAUUCUAUUGCCCUUAAGUUUUCUGAUUCUCCUCCUGGAUUCCCUAGUCUAGAUGAGAGGGAGAGUGUAAGCAGUUGCAGGUUCAUGGUUGUAUUUCAAUACGGUUCUGCUGUUCUUUUCAACGUAGAUGAUGAUGACGUUGAGUCUUAUCUCGACAUGGUUCGUAGACAUGCUUCUGGGCUGCUUACAGAAAUGAGAAAAGAUGAUUAUGCGAUUAAGGAGAAGCCUUUGUUGAGUGAGGAAAUGCGAGGUGGCCCUGACUACAUUGUUCUCAAAACGUUGGAUACUGAUAGUAUCCGUAUCAUUGGGAGUGUGCUUGGUCAAAGUAUUGCAUUGGAUUACUUUGUUUCUCAGGUUGAUAAGUUGGUGGAAGAGUUUGCUGGUAUAAACCGUGGAAUGGAGAAAACCGGAACUUUCACCAUGCACAGGAAAAAGCUCUUCCAACUUGUAGGGAAAGCUAAUUCUAAUCUAGCUGACGUUAUUCUCAGAGUUGGUUUGUUUGACAGAUCCGAGAUUGCUUGGAGAGAAGCUAGAUAUGCUCAGAUCUAUGAAUACCUAAGGGAAGAGUACGAGGUCACUCAGAGAUUCGGGAAUCUAGACUUUAAGUUAAAGUUUGUAGAGCACAACAUUCAUUUCCUCCAAGAGGUGAUGCAGAACAGAAAAUCAGAUCUUUUGGAAUGGUGCAUUAUCUUCUUACUGACCGUUGAAAACAUUUUAUCUAUUUACGAGAUUGUCCGAGAAUCCACAGCAGCUUCACUUUGAUGCUACAAAUCAAUUGCAGAGUACUCAAAAUUCUUUGAACGUAAAGAUAUAAUUUCUUUUAUUAUUUUCAGAGUAGUUCGUUUGUUUUGGGUCUCGGUUUACAUCUGUAAUAAAAAUCAGCUUGAUUAGCUAAGCUUGCGCUGCUUAUGUUAGUCACAUUAGGGUUUUGGAAGUUGAGAUCAAAUACAAAUGUUAUGAUUCUUCAUUUUGAUAUCAUUACAAUCACC